UUUCUUGAAUGUCUACGAGGUGCAUUUUUCAUAUCCGGUGUAAAGUAAUCACAUGUCUAUCUUUUAUCAUCUCUUUUGAUCAUGAUUGGAAGGAAACAUAGGAGGGAGAAAAAGCAAUUGAAAGAUCGUACUACUCCCAGGUUGUUGUACAAUAUUCAAAGGGUCAUAGUUCUUUUAUUCUUUCUAUUUAAUGUCUGGCGCAGGGGCUCAUACCGAUUCCGAUUUCAUUUCCGGUUGUAUACAUCGAUCGAUCGAUUUAUCCCGUUUGUUGUGUUGUCAAGUCAUCAAAUUAGUUUUAGAUCUAUGUAUGUUAUAACUGCCAGUAAGAAAUCGUGGAACUCUGCCUUUUUUUGCAUCAUUCACUCAGGCAUUAAGGUCUUUAAAAGGAUAAAAGAAGUUCUGUCGCCGUGUGCUGUGUGCCAAAACCAUCCAUCCAUCCAUCAGGACUAAACAAUGGGGAAAAAAAAGAGGGAAAUCAAAAAAAAAAAAAAAAAAAAAAAAAAAAAAAGAGCAAGAGAAACGAACCGUCACGAUAUCACGAAACGCCGGGUGGUGGAAAGAGUAAGAAAGAAAUAUUAAGUAUACAAACAUUAGGAAUCUCGUCCGUAGUAAUAAUACAGGCCGUGUGUU